UCCUGAUCCUACAAGCAUGCCCACUCAGCAUCCUCUCCCCAGUGGGGCUGGGAGCAGCACCGCGCAUGGAGGCGGGGACCGCCUGGGCAGAGUCCUUUCCUCAUGCCAGGAAGGAGCAGAGCACAGCCUGGCCCAUCUCCAGGGGCUGAUGCUGGAGCGCUGGGCUGGGGACCGUGCCCCUCUGGGGCUGCCUUCUGCUCUCUGCCGGCCUUGCCAUCGACCCAGCGCUGCAAAGCUGCAACUGCACUGAGCCCAUGGACUUCCAGGCCUUCCGUGAGGCUCCGCUCCCCGAGAGCUGCUGCCUCAACUUCACCAGCUCCAACAUCACCCACCUGGACUGGGGCACACUGGUAGGGGUGCGGGGGCUGCGGGAGCUCUACCUCUCACACUGCAGCAUCACGGAUAUCAGCAAUGCACAGGGAGCCCCCCCUGCCUUGGAGAUCUUGCACUUGAGUCACAACCUGCUGGAAAGUCUUCCUGGAAGCUUUCUAGAAGAUGCUCCUAAUUUGAGGGUCCUUUACCUGGACAGCAACCAGCUCCAGGAGCUGCCCAAGUCCUUCCUGAAAGCAUCGACCCAAGUCCAGGAGGUCUACCUGGGCUUCAAUGCCCUGACCAUCCUUCCCGCCAGCCUCCUGAAGCCAUCUCUGCUGCAGCUCCAGCUCUCCAACAACAGUUGGGACUGCAGCUGCUCUUUGCUUAGCAACCUGGAGGGUUGGCCCAGCGUGGCUGCUGAGGUUAUCUGCCACACACCGGAGCGAUACCGCGGCGUGGACCUCCAGAGCAUCCCCCGGGAUGAGCUGUGCCACUCGCACAGCCUCACUGCCCUCUUCAUCUGCCUGCCCCCUCUCCUCAUCCUCGCCAGCAUCACUUGGUGCUUCUGCAGGCAGAAGAGAAAGACCAACUACAGCCUUCAGAGCAGGUCCCAGAGCCACCCUGCCGUGGCGGAGAGGGGCAACGUGCCAGCGCCUGCGGAGCCCCACCACUAUGUCCCCUACGAGCUGCCUGCCAUCCCUUCUGAUACCGAGAAGAAAGUGCUGAUGGGGAGCCAGGUCCUGCUCCAGCCCUCCACGGACCUGCUGGAGAGUGGCAGGGACCUCUAUGAGGAGGUGGAGAUCCAAGUGGGAUCCCCCAGCAGUUCGCAGUUGCCAACCCAUGACGGGCAGCAGGACACCCUGGCACUGAGGGCAGAGGAGCCGGGUGGCAGCGAGCCAGAGGUGGACACCGUCAGCGUGAGCCAAGUCCUGAAGGACUCUGCUGACCGGGAGAAGAUCUACAUGAGUCAAUCAACCAACUAUUACAACUUGGUUCCUGGCAUCGAGCUGGAGGACUCUGACAACCUGGAGUAUGAGAACAUUGACCUGCACUGAUGGCAGGACUCUGGCUGUGCCUGGGACACACCACAAAGGUGGCAGGGACCAGGCAGUAGCAAAAGCUGUCCGAGCAGGAGGGGCACAAGCUGUCCUGCCAUGGCUUACAGUGCCUGUUUGCAAAGCUACACCCCCAAAGUCCCAUCCCUUCCCUUGAGCUGCCACCUGCACCCCUCGCUUGCCACAUGCUGCAGGAGGUGGAAGGGUGCUGCAGGCACUGGGGACUCUGCCGCAUGCUGGUGGUGUUGGGGGAUAUCUGGGCUGGCAGUGCCCAAGGAAGGACAUGGAGAGGAGGUGAGGGCUGAUUUUGGGCUCUAGGUGACAACACUGUGUGUGCCAGACCCAUCAGCCAGACCCACCACCCUUCCAUUCUCCCUGGCAUCUGGCACAGACCUGCUGCUCCCCAGCCCACACAGAACAGGGUCUGGGGAUGUGAAACGGGGCUGGAGCUGCCUGUGUGAUAUGUGGAGUGUGCCAUGUGCACAUGAUGUGCUCUGGACUUGGAGGGGGAGCUUGGGGUGCCCCUGCCUGCUGCCUGCCCUACAUCCUGCCAUGUCCUACAGGCUUGAAACAGCUGGUGCACAAGUGUGUGUGCAAACGUGUGUGCAGGGGCUCUGGGGGUGGGUGUGAGUGGGUGUGUGAGGUGCACAGGCACACAGGAAGGCACUGGAGGGGCCCCUGGCAGCCUUCCCUGCCCCAUGUGCUGCCAGGCCUUGUAGGAAUCAGCUCUCAGGAAGAAAUAAAUCAUUUUACU